GCCUUGCAGCAGCUGGGCGUGUUCUCGUCCUCGCUGCCCCACAGACCUCUGGGACGAGCGCAGUCGUCGCCUGCAGCAGCCACCGUCAAUCCCAUCAAGCACCUCUUCACCACCGGGCUGGUGUACGACAGUCUGAUGUUGAAGCAUCAGUGUGUUUGUGGAAACGCUCACAUUCACCCCGAGCAUGCUGGGAGAGUGCAGAGCAUCUGGUCCAGACUGCAGGAGACGGGCCUGCUGAGCCGCUGUGAGAGGAUUCGAGGACGUAAAGCGUCUCUGGAUGAGAUCCAGUCCGUCCACUCAGAGUUCCACACUCUGCUGUAUGGAACCAGUCCGCUGAACCGCCACAAACUGGACCACAAGAAGCUGCUGGGUACAGACCUGUCCCUCUGACUGUCCCUCUGACUGUCCCUCUGUCUGUCCCCCUAUCUGUCCCUCUGACUGUC